UUUAAAUUAUUUAUUAUACAUUUUCCCUUAAAAACACUAAUACGAUCAUUUAUGGAUACUGUCGUCAUGCCUAUUACAUCUAGACACGCGGCAGCGUGACAUGCCGAGUUUAUAUCAUACAUCUUAUCCUAUGAUUUAUAAAAAAGCAGAUACGUUACCCGCUCUCUAUUUUGGCAAGAAAAAACUCCGCUAAGUGCCCGAGUUUCACUUAGUCACGCACCAUUCAGCGUCGUGGCUGGACGUUCUUUUAAUUAACGCGUAUUGUAGUAAAAGUGUCCAACAAAAUGCCUUCGUGUGUUUUUAGACGUUGCAGGAAUUAUACUGUAACUGUUAGGGAAAAUAAAAAAGUUUCAUUUCAUACGUAAGUACUGUGAAUUGAUUUAUUCUAACCGAAAAAUGUUACUUUUUAUAUUUUAAUCGGCAGUUGUUAUUACGAAGUACAUGAGUGAGACAUGUAUUAUGUCUCGUGCGUGAGAGUGAAAGAGAGAACAACUGUAUUGGUGAUAAUGACGAUGGCGGCGAACUGCUACUCGGAAUUGCCACUGCUAGGGGAAGUUGGGGAAAAUGGAACUAGUCUUUAUUCACCCUCACAAAAUUAUAUAAAACCUGAAAUUGUUUUUAAAUCAUGUUACUAAAUAUUGAUAGAUUCGAUCGACAACUCAAAAGUACUUGUAACAGUUUAUUUUAAUAAAAAAACAUUUUUUAAUUUGAAUUACUUAUCAUUUAAAAUGUGUAUGACUAUGAAUAUUAAAACACUUUUCAAUUUAGAUUUCCUAAAGAUAGCUGUAUGAAGGAAAAGUGGAUAAAGAUAAUCAGGACUCAAAGGCGGGAGAUUGAUUGGAUGCCAGCAAAAAAUUCAACAAUCUGCUCGGAACAUUUCAACGAAGGAGAUAUAUAUGAGACGAAAAAGAAAUUACGUAGAUUAAAAAAAACAGCAGUUCCUAUAAUUGAGGAAAUAAAAUAUGAAGAAGAUGAGUCUUCUGAUGUCAUAGAACAAAAUGAACAAUGUAGCUUGCAAAAAAAAAACGAACAAGAAGUUGCAAUGAAUGGAGAACAUUUUGUUUGUAAAAGACUUAUAAAACUUAAAAAUAGCAAAAUAUGUAAGUUACAAAAAGAAAAUAGUAGACUAAAGAAAAAAUGUAGUGACUUGAAGAGUAUCGUGAAUAUAUUUUGGCGGCUUCAUGCGUUUGCCAAUGUUUCCACUAGCCACAAACUACAAAUGCUGAGACGAAUUAGGUAAUCCAAACAGCGAUAUCACGCUUGCUUGAGUUAUUAAAAGAGAAGCAAGCUCUUGACAACGUAGUUUAACUUAUUUUUUGAAAAAAACAAGCAAAAUUAUAGGAGUGUAAUUAUAAGUAAACGUAAUAUUAUGUAAGGAAAACGUGGAUAAGUGGAUUACCUAUAGCGCAAGCGAUAGCCCACUUUUAUCGCACAAACGUAGGUGGAUCCCAAGCAAACUUAUUUGAUUUGUGUGUAACACCGAGCGGAUGUAUAAAUUUAAGCCCUGGAUAUACAGAAGAAGUGAUAACAGACUGAAAGAAAAAUUGAUAAACGAUGCGAGUUACCAAAGGAGAAAUUUGAAAAGAGCACCUUAAAGAUAACGUCAUCCAUUUUCAAAACUUUCUAGGCAAAAACUACCAGUUGAUUGAACUAGCUAAGCUCUACAUAAUAGGAAAGAAGACUGUUAAUGUACCUACUAACUUUUAAUACAUAUAUUAUAAUAAACACUUUGUUGUA